GUUAAAUUAUGCCAUUUGUACACUAUUGAUUUCCUCUUCUAAAAGGAUUGAACUUUAUUUUAAUAUUGAAAAGGUAUCAUAAGUUAGAUUGUUAGAUUUCAUAAGAAGUUAGGUUGGAAAUUUGAUUGGAGAGUUAAAUCUUUUCUUCUGAUGAUCUGACUUAAGGAGUUUAGAAAGUGAAGAAGACUAGAUUCCUAAGAGUUUUUGUAGCUCUCUGAAUAUCAACUCUAGAGAAAUUUUGGUAAGUACAGCAAACAUUUAUUGAGCUUUAUGGAGGCCUUUUAGGUAGAGGCAGUGUGAGAUGGUUAUUGGAAGAGUUACCCAAAUAAAUGGGACUUGGCUUUUGUUCACUGUACCCUUGCAGUUUAGUGAGGACGAUGUGAGUAAUAAUACAGAGUAGUGAGUGAUUAAACAUACCAUCAGAGUUCUCUGGGAAUAUAGAUGACUUAACAGCUAAUCAGGCUGUGCAAAUUGGAGAAAAUUUUAAUGCAGAAGUGAGAUUUAGGGGCACCUGAGUGGCUUAGUCGGAUGAGCAUCUGACUUCAGCUCAGGUCAUGAUCCCGCGGUUUGUGAGUUCGAGCCCCACAUUAGGCUUGCUGCUGUCAGUGCAGAGCCGGCUUCAGAUCCUCUGUCCUCCUCUCACUGCCCCUUCCCCAUGCACUCUCUCUAAAUAAAUAAAACAUUAAAAAAAAAAAAAAAGUGAGAUUUAGACCCUUGGCAACAGGCAGCUGGUCAUGGUGGAGCAGCCCUGGAGUAGAGGCUGUGGUGGUGUGGGACCUUAUGCAGUGGCUGCAGGGCUGAUGAGAAACUGCUAAAGUUCCUGUGGAAGCAAAUUAGAAUUUCCUAAGAAUAUAAUGGAUGGAGAAGAGAAAACCCAUGGUGCCUAUGAAGGCACUGAAACCAUGUAUGUCAAAUUGAUAUCUUACGGUCACGAAUUUAUUGUAAAAAGAGAACAUGCAUUAACAUCUGGAACAAUAAAAGCCAUGUUGAGAGAUAAAGUCAGUUUUAGAGAGAUCCCCUCACAUAUGCUAUCAAAAGUAUACAUGUAUUUUAUGUAUAAGAUUCACUAUACUAACAGCUCCACACAGAUCCCUGAAUUCCCAGUUGCACCUGUAAUUGCACUGGAACUGCUGAUAGCUGCAAACUUCCUAGAUUGUUAAGUAAAAUAAAGUAUAAUAAACUGUUAACUUUUUUCAGGAUUUAAUACCUGUACUUCAGCUAAUUUUUUCAUAUAUAGCAUGUUGCCUGUGUGCAGUUGAACUUUUUAUUUUUAAGUUUUAUUUAUUUUGAGAUAGAGUGCACAAGUCAGGGAGGAGCAGAGAGAGGUAGAGAGGGAGAAUCCCAAGCAGGCUCCACAUUGUCAGCUGUCAGCUGAUGUGGGGCUCAACCUACGAACUCUGAGCUUAUGACCUUAGCCAAAGUCACACGCUUAACUGACUGAGCUGCCCCGGCACCCCUGUCCUCGGGUCUUUUGAAUGGUCUGUUGCUUCAUAUCAUUUAGGUCUCAGUUCAAAUGUUUUGUCCACUGAUCUUUAUCCACCUAAUUUAAAUUUACCCCUAGGACACAUUUCACAUAAAUUAUGAUGUUUUGCAGUCCUCAUAGAGCUUUCAGUGUCUGAAAUCUUGCUCUUCUUUGACUUUUGUUUGUUUUAUUGCCUUCCCUCUAAAGUAAACUCCAUGAGAGCUAGCCCUGUAUACUGCUGCAAAGACAAGGAGGUAUAGAAUAGGGUUUGAUACUUAGUAGGUAACUCAAUAAAUAUUUAGUGCAUGAGUGAGUGUGCUUUGUUAGCAAUAGCAAGUAUUUUAGUAUCAAUGGAGUAUGUUUGGAUUACUGUGAUAUGUUUGGAUAGCUCAGUCAAUAAUAUAAAGUAGGAGCCUUUAUGACCUAUGGAAGGCCCCUGUGGCCCAUGCUAAUGAGCAUGGACUUUACUCCAGAGUUAAAGAAGGGUCAUUAAAUACCUGUGAGGAUAUUUGUCACAGUUGAUUUUGUGAUUUUAAAGAUUACACUGGCAGCCCAGUGGAGAAAAAGACUGGGGGAGAGCAAGAAGGCUAUUAAACAGUUCAUUGUGAACUUCAAACAUUUGCUUGGGGGCUGGAUUGGUUCGGAAGGUUGAGAGAUGGGUUGUAUAAGGGAUUGAUGACCAGUUUGAUACGAGUGAUGAGGGUAAGAAAAGGGUGAAGAAUGACUGCUGAAUUUUUGGCUGAAUGAUUGAGAAUUUUAUUUUGGUCAUUUUAAGUUAAGGAGGUCUUUAGAACAUGUAGUUUCGUAGGAUCAAGUGCCUAAGAGUUGACAUUAAACUGCAAGCAGCAUGCUUUAAGUAGGAGAAAAGUGUCAGUAAGACAAUUCACUGUGAACAUGAAGUACUUGGUUUUUAUUCUUCUCCAAAUAGCUUACAGAGAUGUAGGUGUUAGUGGGGCCACCUUUUUUUUUUUUUUUAAUAAAACUUAGAAUUGUCUUGAGUGAGCAAGUUCAUUUUUGAACAAGAUAAUUUGACCUGAAAAUUUUAGAGGACUAGCUGUCAGUAUAAUAAAAGAAUCCUGAUAUAUUUGGAGUAGAAUUGCUUCAUGAUAAGGUCAUCAGAAAAUUAUAAAGUAUGCUACCAUGUAAGAGGGUUCUUUUAUUAGAUGUUUAUUUUGUCACCCUUUUAAAUGUUUUAAGGUUAUCUAAAUGUAAUUUUAGUUUAGUGCAUUUGAUGCCAAAUUCUCCCAGGUAAUAAAUAGACACAUUUAAUUGUGGCAAGUAAGAAAGCCCAAGUUUUAGGUAAGAGCUCAGCCUCUGGAGUCAGUGCAAAGUGGGCCCAGAUGCCAGCAUUGCCAUUUCUAGAUAGGUGGCCAUGAGCAAAGUACUUAACUUCUUUGAUCUUAAUUGAUUUAUCUCUAAGGUGGAGAUAAUUACACUAAAUUCUCUUUAGGUAAAAGAAAAAAAAUUAGAUGUGAUUAAGUGUUUAGCAUAGUGCCUAAUAUUUUAGAGGUAUUUGAAAAAAGUUCACUUACAGAAUUAUUUAGCAUUAUUUAAAAAAAUUAAAAACAAGGGGGAGUAGGUUACAACCUGAUUUUUUUACCAUUUCAUUUUAAGAUUUAUUUUAAAGUUUAUUUACUUAUUUUGAGAGAACGUGAGCAAGAGAGGGGCAAAGAGAGAGAGAUGGAGAAAGAGAGAGUCCCAAGCAGGCUCUGCACUGUUAGUGUGGAGUCCCACACGGGGCUCCAUCUCACCAAUGGUGAGAUCACGACCUGAGCCGAAAUCAAGAGUUGGAUGUGCAACCAAUUGAGCUGCCCAGGUGCCCCUCAUUUUAAGAGUUGAAUAGUUGAAUACUCAGCCUGUGUACUCUGAUCAUACUGUUAAAGGAGGGUCUACAAUGUAUGGACUGUAGCUGUUACCUGUCAAUAUUCUGUAAUGCACAGUGUCUGCUUAGGAAAUAAAAAUCGUAUGACAGAUUAGUAAAGGCUUUUUUUUUUUAAUUAUUAUUUUUUAAUGUUUAUUUUUGAGAGAGAGAGAGAGACAGAGACAGUGCACAAGCGGGGGAGGGGCAGAGAGAGAGAGGGAGACACAGAAUCUGAAGUAGGCUCCAGGCUCUGAGCUGUCAGCACAGAGCCUGACGUGGGGCUCAAACUCACAAACUGUGAGAUUGUGACCUGAGCCAAAGUCAGACGCUUAACCAACUGAGCCACCCAUGUGCCCUAGGGCUUUUAAACAGGAUAGCAAUAUCCUUUCUUUGCUUCCUUCCUUCCUCCUUUCCUUCUGUCCUUUUUUUUAAUGUUUAUUUAUUUUGAGCGAGAGAGAAUGAGUCAGGGAAAAGGGCAGAGAGAGAAUCCCAAGCAGGCUCUGCACUGUCAGCACAGAACUUGAUGCAGGGUUCAAUCCAACGACCUGUGAGCUCAUGACCUGAGCCGAAAUCAAGAGUCACGCGCUUAACUGACUGAGCCAUCUAGGCGCCCCUGUCUUUAUUUAUUUUUUUAAAUGGUAUGUUAUGAACAAACUUAGCAUACCAUCUAUUGUAGGCAUUUUCAAGAGAAGACUUUACUUUUGCAUGGUGUCUGGCUUUGUAAACUACUGAAAAAAACACCAUAUUCAGCUAUGCCUCAUAGGAGGGCAGUUUUAAUGGUGGUGUAGUAUGUAAAAACCUGAUAGUAUUCUAAGAUUCUUCUCUCCUGUUAAUGGAGAUAUAAUUGUAUUAGUUAAAAGUGUACAACAUAAUGAUUUUAUUUAUGUAUUUUUGUUAUGAUUAGACCUAGGACUGUACACUUUGUUUUUAAGGAAAGGCUGCAUAGAAUUUUGAAGAGGUUUGGUAAACAGCUUUGGAGUUAGUGUCAAUAACUGGACAAAGAUUGAGUUUACUUUUCAGAAAUCGUUGAGGAUCCAAUUUUUUUUGAGAAAAAAGUAGGACUUGGUUGAAUAAAAGGGGAAAUUGUUCUUGGAUGAAAAUAUUAAAUAUUAUAAAGAUAUAAAUUCUGCCAAAAUUAAUUCAGAGAUUAUGCCGUUUUAAAAAUAACUACAGAGUUUGUUUUAGAACUUGACAGAUCGUAAAGUUCAUCUGGACGAAUGAAUGUGUGAGAUUUUAAUAAUCUGAACAGCUAGUAUAAACUUACAGUAAUUAAAUCUUUAUGAUAACUAGCAUGAGUUUAUAAAUCCGUACAAUAGUCUAGCCCCCCAAAUUGAGCCAAUAAUAUAUAAGAAUUGGAUGUGUUAUAAUGGAGAUUUCAUAGAUCAUUUGAGAGAAGGGAGGGUUAUUAAAUGGCAUUAGAAUGUCUACUUUGUGGGGCGUCUGGGUGGCUCAGUCGGUUGAGCAACUGACUCUUGAUUUCAGCUCAGGUUAUGAUCUCAGGGUCAUGGGAUUGAGCCCCACAUCAGGCUCCUCACUGAAUGUGGAGCCUCCUUAAGAUUUUCUCUCUCCUUUGCUCCUCCCCUGCUUAGUCGUAUGCAUUCUCUCUCCCCCUGCCCUAAAUAAAUAAACUUAAAAAAAUAAAAGAAUGUCUUUUUUGUGUUUUGAUGUAAAAAAAUCAGGUUAGUUCUAUACACUGUAUAUCUAACCAAAUUCUAGGUGAAUUUAAAGCAAAUUUUUAAAAAUGUGGAAAAAAAUAUUCUUGAAUGUUUAUCAGAAUUUGAUAGGAAGAAUGACUUUCAAAGCUUGUUUGUGUUAGUGCUAUCAUGUUAAAUUUAUUUAGAUUGUUAUUCAAAUUUAGUCUAUUAAAAAAAAAAGCUACAUAUGAGAAACAAUAUUACCAAGAGCCAAAAAAUUACCAGCAAUAUAAAUCCAAAUAAAUACUUGUUAGCAACUGUGACCAAGGGAUACUGUUUUGUUUUGUUUUGUUUUUUUACAAAGCACACAUAGAGGUUUUUGGUAAAAACGUAAGAGCCUCUUUAAAUGAGCUGAAGACAUAGCAAAGUGUUCAAGAAAUUGACAGAAAAAUAUUAGGUAUAAUUAUGGAGGUAUAAUUGGCAUAAAAUCUUAGGAUUUUUAAAGCAUAUAUGUCUUGGUGAUUUGACAUAUGUAUACCUUGUGAAAGGAUUCACAUCUUGUUAACUAAUACAUCCAUCACAUCACAUGUUUAUCUUUUAGUGUGUGUGUGAGAAUGUUUAAGUUCUGCCCUCAGCAAAUUUCAGUUACGUAGCAUGGUGUUAUUACCUAUAGUCAUCAUGUUUUACAGUAGAUCCUCACACCUCAUUCAUCUUACAGUUUCCUUACUCUCAGUCCCUGGCAACCACUUUUCUACUCUGUCAUCUCUGUGAGUUGACCCUUUUUUUUUUUUUUUUUUUUUGGAUUCCACAUGUGUGAUACCAUUCAUUGUUUGUCAUUCUCUGGCUUUUUUCAUUUAGUAUAAUACCCUCAAGGUCUGUACAUGUUGUUGCUUAAUAGCCUUUUUAAAAAUCAGUUUGCCAAGUAUGGAUUCAGUACUGAUACACAUUCAGUGCAUAAGAAAGUUUUUAGACCUUUAGAUCCAAGAAUCCUUCCAAUGAAGAAAUAAAACUUUCCACAAAAAUAGGGCACUUUAUAAUAGAAAAGCCUUGCAAGCUAAAUGGUCAUAAUUUAUAUAAUAGUGUUAGAGAGGAAAAUUGUAGGUUCUGAAUACUAUUUAUAGUGUAUUAGUUAACAGAAGAGUUUGAGUUUAGGUUCUGUAAUGUAUUAGCCCUGUGACCUUAGCAGACUUGCCUACCUUUCUUUGUUUCACUUAUUCAUCUGUAAAACUGAGCUAAUAAAACCCACCUCAUAGGGUUUGUUGUAGGGAUUAAAUGAAGUGUAGUGUCUUUAAAAUACGUAAAAGGGUUUCUGCUUAUAAUGGCUUAGCGCUAUAGUGACAGAUAGACAAUAUAUAAAUAUUUUUAUUUUACAACCAAAUAUAAAUAACCAUUAACAAAAACUGGAAAGAACUAAUCCUAUUAGGGCAGUUUGCCCUUCAUUGACCUGCCAUUUUCUGUAAUGUACAUGAAUUUGUAAUAAAAUACUUUUUUUAGUUGAAGAAUGUUUGGUCUUAGCAAUUGCAGCCAGAGAGAGUAAGGAUGCACAUCAUGCUAUAGAAAUACAGCUGUGUACAUGCUUUCAUGGACUUUAGUAGCAAUUUUGUCCCUCCAUCCUUUCCUGUGCAGGUUACCCCAGAAUUAAUGAUAUCUACAGCUUGGUGCCUAGGAUUUUGUUCUACGCUUAGAAAAUAUGUGUCAGAUGAACUUUUGUCUUUUCUGUAAUAGAUCAGUCUCCUUUUAGUCUAUUAUAAUUUAAAAGUGUGUGGAUAUAUAUUUAUUUUAUUUUAAAAGAACAGGUUCCUUGAGAUUAGUUUGUGUGAUUUUAUGGAGUAUCUAUGUUCUGAGCAAAGCAGUGGAUGAGAAGGAAAAGGAAGCAUGCUGAAUUGUUAACAGUUGGAAUAUUUAGGGACAUGGGAUUACUUGAAUCUCUUAUUUUCAUUUAUAUGAGGCAUAACUAUAGUGACCAUGAGUUUAAAUUUGACAGAGGACAAAAAUGCUUAAUUUGAGAAUUGAUUUCCAUAUAAAUUACCAGAUAUUUUAAGUUAGAGCCUUGUGUUUUCGGUUAUAGGGAAUUUUAAGAUAGUUACAACUUACUCUUUACUUGAUUUUCUAAAAUUACCAUGACAUGUUAAUAGCCAUGCUGUUAAAUAUAAAAUAGAAUAGCACAUUUAAGAAAGUUUAAAGAUAAUUUCAGUUGUAAUGAGUUUACUGUAUUAACAGAAAUUUUGUGAAAUUGCCUAAAGUGAACAUAAACUAGUGCUAGUAUUAUUUUUUGUAUACUUUUUUUAUUAAAAAAAAUUUUUUUUUAAUUAGUUUUAUGUAUUUUUGAGAAGCAGAGAGAGACAGAGCGUGUGUGGGGGAGGGACAGAGAGAGAGGGAGACACAGAAUCGGAAGCAGGCUCCAGGCUCUGAGCUGUCAGCACAGAGCCUGAUGCGGGGCCCAAACUCAUGAACCGUGAGAUCAUGACCAGAGCCGAAGUUGGAUGCUCAACUAACUGAGCCACCCAGGUGCCCCUUUUCUGUAUACUUUAAAAAAUUUUUUUUAAUGUUUAUUUAUUUGAGAGAGAGAGAGAGAGAGAGAGUGAGAGGGAGGGAGGGGCAGAGAGAGAGGGAGACACAGAAUCCGAAGCAGGCUCCAGGCUCUGUGCUGUCAGCACAGAGCCUGAUGCAGGGCUCAAACUUACGAACCGUGAGAUCAUGACCCGAGCUGAAGUCAGACGCUCAACCGGCUGAGCCACCCAGGCGCCCCUAUAUACUUUUAUUAAAGUGUACUUUUUAGCAGAAUGUAUAAAACUUACCAUUGGAUAUUUUAGUUUUCAUUAAUGUAUAGCUGCAUUUUAUUUUAUUUUAGCUUCUUACCCUGGCUUCCUAAAAGUCUUUUUUUUUUUUUUU